CUUGUGUUCCAUCGAUUAUGAUUCAUGAGUUACAUCUUACAUGACCUAAAAGUCCUGAUGAGUUAAACCGCCGUUAGUUAUACUGUAAUAGUCAGCUUCCAGACACUGAAAAUUGUUGCUUUCCUCUGUUUCAUUUUUUUCUUUUCAAUUAUACGUUGCUCCCCUCUUUCUCUCUCUACUCCAUUGAAGCUUACUCUCAGCUCUCUCUCCUCCAUUGAAGCAGCUUCUCAGAUGGAGGGUGAGAAUUGACAAUUGAAAAUGGGUGAUUAUGGAAUGGAAGAUUACAAGAAUCGAGUUGAUGUUGUGUUGUCACAAGUCAAUACGAUCGAGAAAAAAGUUUGUGAGGUUGAGCAGUUCUACCUGAACACCAGUAAAAAGCAAGCGAAUAGCUCAAAAGGUGGCUCAGCUUCUAAGGAAAAAGACAAGGAUAAAGAGAGACUUGUUGCUCAAGCCAAAAAGCAGCAGCAGGAUGCAACAGGCAAGGAAACGGCUGUGUCAAAGAGAAUGCAGGAGCUGAUACGUCAGUUUGGCAAAACAUUAAAUCAGAUCACUCAACACAAGUGGGCAUGGCCUUUUAUGGAACCUGUAGACGUCAAAGGCCUUGGUUUGAAUGAUUACUAUGAGAUUAUUGAAAAACCUAUGGAUUUCAGUACGAUAAAGAAACAAAUGGAAGCUAAGGAUGAUAGUGGAUAUAAACAUGUAAGGGAGAUCUGUGCAGAUGUGAGGUUGGUUUUCAAGAAUGCGAUGAAAUAUAAUGACGAAAAGAAUGAUUUCCAUGUCAUGGCAAGGACCUUGUUGGCAAAGUUUGAAGAGAAGUGGCUACAGUUUUUGCCUAAAGUUGCAGAAGAGGAAAAAAGACGAGAAGAAGAGGAGGCUGAUGUACAGUUUAGCAUGCAGCUAGCUCAAGAGGCUACUUAUGCCAAAAUGGCUAGGGAAAUAAGCACUGAGCUUUUUGAGGCAGACAUUCACCUUGAAGAUCUUAGGGAACAACUGGUUCAAAGGUGCAGGAAAAUGUCAACCGAAGAGAAAAGGCAGCUUGGCACAGCCCUCACAAGACUAUCCACCGAUGACCUCAGUGGGGCUUUAGAGAUUGUUGCCCUGAGCAAUCCUGGGUUCGUAGCAAAUGCUGAGGAGGUGGACCUCGAUAUAGACGCUCAGAGUGAAUCUACAUUAUGGAGGCUAAAAUUCUUUGUAAAAGACGCGCUGCAAGCUCAAGGCAAGCCUGCAGCAAGCAUGGGUGGCAACAAUAACGAUAACAAUGAAAACACUAUUAAUAAUUCUAAACGAAAAAGGGAGGCCUGCGACACCAUUACCAAGACUGCCAAAAAGAAGAGUAAAAAGGUAGCAUCUUGAUUGUUGUAACUUGUAACAAUGUAGAAUAGAUGAAUUAAGCUCUGUAAGAUCUGUAACUAUAGUAUUAUCUUGAAAGAAAUAUCCCAUUUUCUUAAAAAAAAUUAUGACUUCAUUCCCAGUUUGGUGCUGUAUAAUUGACUGUUUUGAUGUAAGAUGUAGUCUGAACUAGGAAGUCAGUUUUAGAAGAGCAGUGAGUGAUUGGAUUUCUUACUGUAACAAGAUGACGUUUCACCAAACCUUUGCCAAAGUGCCCUACUGGGAACAUAACUGAAACUCAAGGUUUGAAUUUCAGAAAGUUAUCAACAGCCCUCAGAUACUAUGUGGAAAAAAAUGCUGUCGAAAAUGAAACUGGAACUCAGAGCGUAUGGAGUAUAUCCCUUGAGUGGUUAUGCUUAUGUGUGGAAGGUUCUUCAAGGGAUUCAUUGGCGAACUCUGGUAGGCAGCAGGAAGGCAGGAACCUGCUGAUCCAUACUGACAUCUUCAUGACAACACCAUUAUUUUCCUAUAAUUAAUCUUGACAUAUUGUAAAAAUAUUGCAAAUUAGACGGUGCUCUUGGGUGCACCCGACUAUAAUGACACCUUUUAUUCUUUAGGGUUGACCUAUAUGCUCUUUGUAUUUGAAAUAUAUGUUAUUAAACUAAUCCGUACUUGUAUAUAUGUUUUAAUUUUGUG